AUGUUUUCGACAAAAUCCACCCAAGCUCUGCGGAAUCUGUUCGCCGGCUACCAUGAACCGACCGGACUCUCCAAACAGCAAUCCCAGAAGCUGCUCGAAGGCCUCAAAGCGUCCUUUCGUCAGCAUCUAGACCGCGAAUAUGGACGCAUCGGCUCCGGGCGCGCCGCCACUCUGGCCAAAGUCACAGAAACUGACCUUCAGAUACGCCAUUCAGCAGCAACCCAACAUCUGAGAUCAAUUCUAUCCAAUCCACUCUUCAGCUACAACAAACAAGCUAGCUCGCCUUCUUCACCAACUUUGCUUCCCACAUCCAAGCGAGACCCAAUGGAUGUUUUCGAUCACGCCGUUGCCAAAGGGAUGAUGACCUUGAAGGCUGCCACGGGCUGCAUGGUAGCCAAGCGAGAACUACUCUCGACCUCCGCAGAUUUCGCCUCCUCACAGACAGCAUUGCGAGUUUUGCGGUGGCUCAAAUCAUCCAGCGCCGAGGCAGGUCUCAAAUUUCUCGAUAAUCAGCCCUUCAUUCGAGCAUUAACGCCGUUACUUAUUGCAGAAGGCCUCGAGAGCGUUGCGUGGGAAUGGAUGAGUCGGACCGUCAACGAUACCAGCUUAUCCUGGGAGAACGAUCUGCGGAUUAAACGUGCCUCAUUUCUACUAGCCCAGCUGGUUCAUAUCAAGAGUCGGCCGCAACACGGAAAUCUAGAUGCAGCCAUUACAACCAUAUUACACGCCGAACAGCUGUUCCACAAUAACCUUCUCCUCCCACAACUCCUCAUCCUUCCUUGGCGGUCAGUAUCUUGGCUUUCGACCGUCGAGGCAUACACCCGAACUGCCCCAUCGGAGGAAUUGUUCGACGCACACAUGGCCACGGCAGAGCUACUACCACGAGCCUUUGAUGUUGAAAAGGCACACCUGCACUUAUAUCAUCCGACACAUCCUGAUCACGCUCCAGCCCUACGUCUGUUCAACGACAAGAAGAAGUUGAAGAAGUUGGUGGCGAAGUUUACCCCCGAAAAGCUCAACUUGGCCAAGACCACGGGCAUGAGCAUCUUACCGUGGAUCGCUUUCCUCGGCCAUGACACUGUAAACCAUUUAAUGCAGUCGGGGAGGAUGCGAGAAGCAAACACUGUCACUGAGCUUCUCAGGUCAGAAUUAUCAAGUCUGUCAAUUGAGUCUUUGAACCCAACUUGA